CAAAGUGAUUUUUUUGUGGAUAGGGAAAAUUUAUUUUAAUAAAUUAAUUGUUAGUCAAUGUUUAUAAAUGUAUUUAUUUUACAUUUUUUUUUAAAUAAAAUUACAUUAAUUAUUUCAAUGGAAAAUGGAAGUUUUUCAAACAGAUCAAUAUUAUAUAUUUGUAAAGCGUGAAAAGAGUUUGUGGUGGAAUAGAACAACAUCUGAAUUUAAAAUUAAAGCUGGUUGGGAUCUAUCUUCGGUGGAUGAUAUUGAAUGUUUGGGUAUAACGCUUGGAAUAGUGGGUGUUAUCAAUUUACCGGGAGUUUAUGAACCUCAUUUAGUGAUAAUAAAAGAAGCUUCACCUGUUGGUGUUUUAUAUCCGCCAAAUCUUGUAUAUAAAAUUAAAAGCAUAUGUGUCUUAGGAUCUGAACUACCCGAUUCAACCUUAACAACCUGUCCAAGACAUAAAAGUUCAAGGGCUAUAAGCACACCAUCAUCAAACAGAUCUCGCUUAUUUGAAUCUAGUCAGUUAAUGAACAAAACUUGGGGUGCUGUGAAAAGUGCUGGAACCACUAUAAAAAAUACUACACAACAUGCAGCUGCUAUUGCAUCUAAUCAAGUAAAGUCCACAGUUGGAAUACGAGAUCCGACAAGAAUAGAAAAAAAGAUUACAGAAGAACUUCAUAAAAUAUUUGACGACACUGACAGUUUUUAUUUUUGUCCAGAUGGCGACAUAACUAAUAAUUUGCAAAGGCGUUCAGAGGAUACUGUUGAUGAACGAUUUUUUUGGAAUAAACAUAUGGUGGAAAAUAUUUCGGUUUUUAAUGAUAAAACAUGGAUUCUCCCUAUCAUACAAGGAUUUGUUCAGGUUGAGCAUUGCGUUAUAGGAGAGGAUUGUUUUACAUUGGCGUUAGUUUCUAGACGUUCUAGGCAUAGAGCAGGCACUAGGUAUAAACGUCGCGGUGUAGAUGUCCAAGGAUUUUGUGCUAACUAUGUUGAAACAGAACAAAUUCUUUCCUUUAGACAUCAUCAAAUGUCAUUUACACAAGUUCGAGGAUCAGUUCCAGUUUAUUGGAGUCAACCUGGAUAUAAAUAUAGACCACCACCCAGAUUGGAUAGAGAUGAAACUGAAACUCAAGUGGCUUUUGAAAAACAUUUUAAUCAGGAACUUGAUAUUUAUAAAAACAUUGUUAUUAUAAAUUUGGUUGAGCAAACUGGAAAAGAAAAAGUGAUUGCUGAUUCUUACGCUACACAUAUUGUAAAAUAUAACAGCGAUCGACUAAUUUAUGUUACCUUUGAUUUCCACGAUUAUUGUAGAGGCAUGCGUUUUGAAAAUGUUUCAGUAUUAGUGGAAGCACUUGCACCUGAGGCAGGAGCAAUGGGCUUUCACUGGCGUGACGGACAAGGGACCAUUUGCAACCAAAAAGCCGUUUUUCGUGUUAAUUGCAUGGAUUGUUUAGAUAGAACAAAUAUUGUGCAAACUGCUCUUGGUAAAGCUGUAUUGGAGUCUCAAUUAGUAAAAUUAGGUUUAGCGCCGCCCUACACGCCAAUACCAGAGCAGUUAAAAAAUCCUUUUAUGGUUCUAUGGGCGAACAAUGGAGACGUGAUUAGUCGUCAAUACGCUGGAACUAAUGCUUUAAAGGGAGAUUAUACUAGAACAGGAGAACGUAAACUCACUGGAAUGGUUAAAGAUGGAAUGAAUUCGGCAAAUAGAUAUUAUUUAGCGCGAUUUAAAGAUUCAUAUCGUCAAGCAACAAUUGAUUUAAUGUUGGGUAAUCCUAUUUCGGCUGAAUCUUUAAACGCUUUAGGGGGCCAACAGGCCCCUGACGAAACAGAUGCUUCGGAAGGUGCAGAGCACGCAAAGUUACUAGUGGAAGAUUGUCGUAGGCUACUAUUAGGAUCAGCUCAGUAUCCAAUUGGUUCUUGGGGACUUAUAGAUGCAGAUCCUAAUACUGGCGAUUUUUCUGAAACUGAAGUUGAUACUGUAUUAUUGUUGACAAGUGAAUAUUAUAUCGUGGCAGAAUACGACUCUCAUUUAGAUAAAAUUAUUCGUUUUGAAAAAGUUCAAUUAGAAAACGUUACUUUAAUUGAACUAGGAAUGUAUCAACAUACAAAAAUUUUUCAAGGAAAUGCUCAAUCGUUUUUAUGUUUACGAAUAAAUUAUGUUGUAGAUGGUAUUGAUGGAUUUUUCCAAAUGUUUCGAUCAGCAAAUUUAAGAUUUUUCAAUAACGUAGCAGUUCCGAUAAAGUCGGAUGAGGAAAUUAUGGAAUCAUUAGCUUCUAUUGUGGAAUUCUUUCGAAUUGCUCUUGAAACAAUAGGAAAAAAGGAUGUUAAAUAUGUUUCAGGUGGUGUACUGCAAAAGAAAAGCAAGCAAGCACUUCUUGACAUUCCAAAGAACAUACCAAGAAAUCUUUCGGAAUCACAAUUAGUUCAAAUGAGUUCUAAAGCCAUCAGUAACGUCGCUGGACAAUUUUCUAAAUUAGGGCAAUCAUUUCAUUCAAAUAAAAAAUCUAAUAAAACUGCAAAAAAAGGUGAAAAAAUUGAAACCGGAGUUGAAGCUAAAGAAAAGGUUGCAGUUUUCACUUUGGGAUCUGGUAAUAAGCACAAAACUUCUGAUGAAAGCUCGGACGAUGAAGAUCAUGAUAACAGUAUUUAUGAACCAAACAGCGAAAUGGAUGCACCUUUAAUUGAUUUUGGUUCACCACAAGAUUUUUUACCAAGCGUCGGAAUAGUAAUGUCGACUAGCAAUACAAAUAAUGAUUGCUCUAAUCAAAACUACAUGCCAACUAAAGUCUGCCAGUUAGAAAACAAGGAUAAUACAGUAAAAAUGUCAGAGGAUGUUUUAACUGUUUCAAUUACUUCCGUUAUGGAUCACAUAAAUCUGCCGGCUGGCUUACUUGAAAAUUCAGCUCCAGUUUGUCCAAGAAGCCCAACGCCUGAGAUUCGAAUACAUGCAAUUACAAAUAAUGAAUUAAAACAAACAGCUUCAGCAAACGAAACAAGGUCUUGCUCACCAAAUGAUUUAUCAUUACAUUUGAGUGGAUCUCAAAGUGAUAAUACUAUAAAACAAUUAAAAACUUUGACAAGCCCAUUGUCAAAACUUGCCAAAGGUGUACAAAAUUUGGGAAUGAAUUUGGAUCCAAGAAAGAAAACUGGAAUUCAAUCUCCGGUUGAACCUCAUGGAAGUCCAGAAAAAUUUGAUAGCGAUAAAUUAUAUGAGAUUUGGAAAGUAAAUAAGUGUCGAACUAAGUUAAUAGCGUUAUAAAAAGGGAUCAGUAUUUAUAAAUUGACAUUUUUAAGGUUAUACGAAAUUUUUAAGGUAUUUGCGACUAUACUGAGUAUUAAUUGAAAUAUAUGCACAAAUUUAUUUAGAUUUACAUAAUAUAAAAAAAGACAACGUAAUUAAUUUAAAUUAUUCUCGGAGUUAUCCGUUAAAAAGUCUUUCAAUUUUAAUGAUGACAAAGUGUUUUUAUUUUGGCCAAUAAAAUUUUCCCAAGAAUUUUUUGGUGUGUGCAUUUGGGGUAUUUGCACAAAUUUUUGACUUUGCUGGUUUUCAUUAAUGCAAUUAUCAGCUUCAACAUUAUCAUUUAAUUCUUGCACCUCAAUGUGCUCAAAUACAUGCUGUUUCAAUGGGCUUAAUUAAAAAAUCAGCUUAUUUAAAAUAUUCUUCCAGAGAACAAUGAAUUAAAAGUAGUUUUUAGUAGUCAACACAUUUUUAAGGAACAAAUUUCUAUGCGUUUAAAACCUUGUAACGAAAAGGUUCCUAAUAGCAAUCUAUUUUAAUUUUUUAAUAAAGGGAAAUUAUUAAUAAAUACUAUUAUAUAUAAUAUAAUAUUUCUAAUCAAAUAUAAGAAAUCAACUAUAAAAAUUUUGUCUAUUAUAAUAAAAUAGUUUCUCAUCUACUUUAUAAAUUGUAAUGUAAACUAAUAUGUGUUUUAAACACUAUAUCAAUUAAAUUUAGAUUUUAGAUUUGGUUCUUUUUUUAUUAUGAUUUCAUUAUGAAAGUGUUGUAGUCAUACAUUUUAACUUUUCUCUAGGUUCUGUGUAUAAAACUUUUAAUUUUUGUUAACAAAGUAAUUAACUGUUUUUGUAGCAGCUUUUGUAGCAUAUAAAAUGUUGUUAAAUUUUGUUUAUGUUCUUAAUUUUUUAUUUAAUUGAUCAUCAGGUUAAGUAUAUACAUAUAUACAUAUAUGUUGGGGAGAGUGGUGUAAACUCGUGUACUAUAAUUUGAGCAACUUCUAAUAUGUUGAGUUAAGAAAGAAAAGCACUAUUUUUUAUUUCGCUUUAUUUUAUUAUUCAUUUUCAAUCCGUUUCUGUUCGUAAUAAACAAAAGAUGUAAAAAGUGGGUCCUAAUGUAAAUUUUACGCUUUCUAAUUUCGAGAAUUUUCUGAGAAAUGUAAGUUUUUAGAAUAUGUGCUAAUACUCGUACAGUAUAUAAUUAAAAAAUGUAUUUUUGUAAUAGACGAUUUUUGUAAUGCAAAUUGCUUUGCUAUUUUGUAAUAUUCGUUUUUCUAAUUAUUAUUUCAGUUUUUCAAAAUAUUAAAUUUUUUUUUGAAGUGCGCGAUAUUAGCCCACUCUCUCCUACGUAUAUGUACACUACUUAUGUUUCCAUAAUAUAUUUAUAUAUUUCUAUAUCCAUAUGUAUGUCUAAUUAUCCCCGUUUUAGGUAGAAUACGGUUAUAUAUAUGUUAAAUAAGGACUUAAACGAAUUUUUAAAAACACUACAACAAUAUUUCUCAAUAUUUCUUGCUUUUAUGAUUUCUUGCGUUGCAGUAGGUAAAUCUUCUAUUUCCUACGGUAAAUUCCUAUUUUAAGUUAAUAUUUUUAAUUUAGUAUUUCCUACAAUAAAUUACUUUUGCUUGAAAGAGAAAAAAUCUAUAGACAAAAUCUUGGCAAGAUAUUUUU